AUGCAUCGGUUAGCUACUUUUACUAUACUCCUGACUUCAAUAGCUAUGGUGUAUACAGAUUGUGACAAUGAAAGUGAUAAAAGUGGAUAUUCCGACUCUUGGAAACCUAUCCCAAGUGUUUACGAAGACCGAGUGAAACCUGCCAAGGUCACGCCAAAAUACGACGACAAAUACAUUCACAAUGCCGUAGGAAAACCGUAUGGUACCCCUCCGUAUAUUCAAGGAAUAUACACGUUUCCCUAUUACGCGUACGGUGAGAUUAAGCCUGUUUACCAACCAUUGUAUAACCCCUAUCCACCUUACUACAAUGGCGAUUUCUACAUUAAAAAAGAAGAUAAAAAUAAGCCUUAUGUACCGUAUUAUAAGAAUUAA